AUGGAUGCAUUCACCUCAGACAUCAUCUCCAAGCCCUUUCUCCCACACUUCAAAGCUCUAGCAUUGGAAAUGUACGACGGGAUGACUGACCUUGAUGACCACUUAGAAAGUUUCAAGGCGUUCAUGCUCCUUUACAGCUCAUGGGAGAAGUUCGCCAGCCUCUUCCUCACCCACUUCAUCAGUAGCAAACGGAGUCAAAAGAGCAUCGUCUCUCUAAUGCCCGUCAAGCAGAAGCGAGGAGAGAGCCUACGGUCGUACAUUGACCACUUCAAGAAGGAAGAGAUCGAGGUCCAAGACCUCGACCCAAUGGUCUCUAUGCACGCCGCCAUUAACGGUCUCCUCCCCGGCUCAACCCUUAGGUGCUCAGUAGCCAAAAUUGCACCGAAGUUUAAGGCCGAGUUCCUCAAGAAGGCACAGAAGUACAUUACGGCCGAGGAAGCCUCGAUUGGAGACCGUCAGGUGGGAGAGAUUGACUGCCAGCAUGGAAGUCCCGAGAAGAGAAGAAAGAACGGGGACCACUGCAGCAACAACAGCAACAACAAGAAGCCACCGACCCCGGGCCUGGCUUACAACCAAUACACACCACUCAACUCCACUUGGACCCAGAUCUUGAUGCAGGUCGAGAAGGAAGAAUACAUGAAGUGGCCAAAGAAGAUGAAGAGGAACCCCAAGAGGGGAAAUCCAGAAAAAUACUACAACUAUCACCGUGACACCAGCCACGACAAGGACUGCUAUGAGUUGAAAAACGAGAUAGAGUCCGUCAUCCGCCACAGUCAUCUUAAGUAG